CGGACAAGAGCUGAAAGACAGAUUUACCCUGCCUGCCCCAGGACACACCCUCCAUGCUCUCUCUUUCUCUCUCUAUAUAUCUCUAUCCCCCCUCUCUCUCUUUCUCUCUCAUUGUUGUCCACACUGACUGUCGCCGCCGGGCUUCGUAUCGAGUUAACAAAUGACCAACCAGCCGCUUCGAUGAGAACAGGCAAAGUGGAAUCAUUCUGAUGGAGAGAGACGCAACUUGGGUUCCUGCUUUGUCCCACUCAUCACGGAGUGGAUAUACAAAUUGAUUUUAUUAGGGUGUAUUUUUUGUUUGUUUUUGCGCGUGGAUCAGGCUUGAAGAAGGGAGAGAGUGUGAGCUUAUUGGGAUGAGAGUCAAGUCAAGUGAGCCGGCAGAUUGGACCUUUAAAGCCUCUUAACGCAGGUGGUGCGAGGAAUACAGCGUACGGGGGAGUGUGUUUAUGUGCCGUGUGUGUGUGCAUGUGCCAUUCCCAGUGGAGAUCCACCCUGGACUCAUGUGUGUGUUUGUGGGUCGGUGGCUGGGGGAUGGUUUUCUCUGACCUGGGCGCGAUGAAGUGGCUCUGCGGGAGCUGCAGGGUUUAAGACCGGAGAGGGGGAGAGCUGGGCGGACGGUCGGACGCAGGGAGGGAGGAGGAAAAGGGGGACAUCACCACCGCCAGAGCGCACAGCACGGCUCCCAACCCCCUGACGCAGGGAUGGAGAGCACAAGAGCGCACAAGAUAACUCGGCUCUAUCCAAGAAACGGGAGUGGAAAGAUCACGGAGAUGAAGAGUGAGCGACCCCGGGGACACCUCCACCUGCAGCGGACUGUCAUUUUUCUCCUCGCGCUCACGAUACAACCCCAGGCUGUGUGUGCAGUCGGGAUGUUCGAGCUUCAGAUCUAUUACUACCAGAACCCCCUCGGACUGCUGCAGACGGGAGACUGCUGCGACCUCCAGGCCAGCGGGGGCCAGCGCUGCUCUGCCAGGGACCAAUGUGACACUAUUUUCCAUGCCUGCCUCAAGGAGUACCAGGCCCGGGUCGCCCCCUCUGGAACCUGCACCUUCGGGUCGGGCAGCUCUGGGAUCCUGGGGGGAAAUUCCCAGACGCUCCGCCACCGAGGACACGAUGGAGGAGGAGCAGGAGGAGAGGAUGGGACUAAUGGACACAUUGUCAUUCCCUUCAAGUACGCAUGGCCAAAGUCCUUCUCUCUGGUGCUGGAGGCUCUGGACUACGACAACGAUACGUCAGAAUCAGGUCAGUUGAUUGAGCGAGUCCUGCUGUCCUCCAUGUUGAACCCCAGUGAACAGUGGCAGACGUAUCGUCACCACGGACAGCCUCUCAGUCUAGAUUACCGGCUUCGCUUCCGCUGUGAUUCAAACUAUUACGGACCCUUCUGCAACAAGUUCUGCAGGGCCCGCGAUGACUUCUUUGGACACUUCAACUGUGACCCCAGCGGCAACAAGGUCUGCAUGGAGGGCUGGACGGGACCAGAGUGCAAAGAAGCUGUAUGCAGGCAGGGGUGUCAUCAGACCCAUGGCUCGUGUACGGCACCUGGAGAAUGCAAGUGUCAUUAUGGCUGGAAGGGCCCUCUGUGUGAUCAGUGUGUGACGUUCCCCGGCUGUGUGUACGGAAGCUGCAGCGAACCCUGGCAGUGUGUGUGUGAUGUCAACUGGGGAGGACUGCUGUGUGACAAAGAUCUGAACUACUGUGGCACCCACCAGCCGUGUAAGAACGGUGGAACAUGCACCAACACAGAGCCAAAUGAAUACCACUGUGAAUGCCAGGAAGGUUUCAGAGGACGCAACUGUGACAUUGUGGAGCAUGCAUGUUUGUCGUCCCCGUGUGUGAACGGAGCCACCUGUGUGGAGGACCCCACGGGCUUCAGCUGCACCUGUACCGACGACUGGACCGGACACACCUGCGCUGAAGCGGUGAGGCAGUGUGACCGGAGCCCCUGCGGCCGUGGAGCCACGUGUCAGGAGGCUCCUGGAGGCUACAAGUGCCUCUGCCCGCCGGGAUGGACCGGCAGGACGUGCCAGCUGGACACCAACGAGUGUGAAAUGAGUAUAUGCGUCCACGCCCGCUCUUGUCGAAACCUGAUCGGUGGAUACCUGUGUGACUGCCUUCCUGGAUGGACGGGACCUAACUGUGACAUCAGGAACAGCAGCUGUCAGGGCUUGUGUUUGAACGGCGGUCGCUGUGAGGACCAGGUAUCAGGGUCCAGAUGCUUGUGUCCACCUGGUUUCUUGGGGAAAUAUUGCCAAAAUCGUCAGAGUCCGUGUGACAGUGCCCCUUGUCUGCAUGGAGGACAGUGUGUGGAGAAGGACGGGAGGACCAUCACCUGCAACUGUCCCACAGGAUUUUCAGGAUCCUUCUGCGAGAUUGCGUUGGAUCCGUGCAAUCCCAACCCCUGCCAGCAGGGGAUGGCCUGUCACAGCACAGAGGGCAGGUACACAUGUGCAUGCCCAGAAGGCUACUAUGGUCAUGAGUGCAUGAGCCUCAAAACCCCCUGCAUUGGACAACACUGUCCAGGUGCCAUGUCUGACACGACUCACGGGGGGGUCAGCUUCUACAUCAUCCUGGUGGGCGUCAUAACUUUAGUGAUGGUGUGUGGUUGCGCCGCCUGCGCCUUCAUCCUGUCACAUCUCCAUCGAAAGCGGAAAAAGCAGCAGGCCGUCCCACAGGAAGAAGGCAUCAACAACCAGAGGGAGUUUGUCAACCUCAUCAGAAACGUGGACCGUCCCGUUCCCCUCCUGCCCCCCGCCGCCCCGCCAGCACACCCCCCAGCCCCUCCCGCCCCCAUAUCACGUUGCUAUGAGGAGAUUGAACUGACGCUGCCGCCCUCCCCUGCAUCUUCACACCCAUCUCCAGCACUGAAGCCGGCACAAGGCCCCAAACUGGACAUUUCAAACCGGGAGAGGGCGAAGUUGAACAACUUCCACUACACAGAAACCCAGGAGCUGGAGGCCUGACCUUUGAACUUCUGGGCCUCUGAAGAGCCUUUUUAUUUUAUUUUGCGUUCUUCGCAGUCUCUCGCGCACAGGAUCCUGUUUCUAGAUUCUUGCACUGUGUCUCUGCUGCAGCCCUGAAAAUGCGGUGACCCUAUGACCUUUAUGUGAUACACCUGGCUGCUAAGUAGGAGGGUCCGUAAAUCUUAUUGUGAUGUCAUCUCUGACUUUAUUUACUAUGAGAAGCAGCAGCAUGUUUGACUGAAAAACUCAUCACACUCUUGAUUUAAUCUGGAGUUUUUAAGACUUGCCUCGCAGUGCCUGAGAUGCUGUAAAGAGGAAAGAGGAAGGACCUCGGAGCCUCUCCCCUGUCUCCUGGUCCAUCUGAUCGGUGUCCAGAAUCACCUUUCUGUUUCAGACUUCACAGACAGAGAGAUCAAUGAAUGGAUGCUUAUUUAACACUCAGUGUAUGUUUCUUGUCUGGUUGUGUGUAAGUGUGUGAGAGCAUUUUUAUUAUGAGUGUGGGGUAAAAAAAAAAAAGGACAGUUUACUUCAAGAAAAGAAAACAAAGUUGAUAUACUUGUCAAAGAGGAUGCAUACUCCUGCUCCAACUGUUUUAAAACUAUACAUUGUUGCCUGUAUUGUCUCUGUAAUGCUACAGUUUGUCAAAAAUGUAUGAUUUUUUUUCAUACUUCUGUGUAAAAUAGCUUUUUUGUACAUGGAUAUAUUGUACAUAUUGCCCUUUUUGUACUGUGUUUGGUCUGAAAGUAUCACUGUAUUGCUUUGCUCUGUUUGUCCCAUUUCGCGUUCCAUUUGGAGCAACCAGCACAUGUGGAUUGUAAUAAAAGUGCAUUUACCAAC